AUGGGGCUUAUAAAUCACGUGUUCAAUGCAGACAGCCUGAAGAAGCUAUAUGUUUCAAACCUUGGUAUCGGGCACACCAGGUACUCUACCUCGGGGAUCUCUGAGCUGCAGAACUGCCAGCCUUUUGUUGUAGAAACUCUUCAUGGAAAGAUUGCUGUGGCACACAAUGGGGAACUAACGAAUGCUGUACGACUGAGGAGGAAGCUUAUGCGGCAUGGUGUAGGAUUGUCAACCAGUUCUGACAGUGAAUUGAUCACCCAGCUGCUGGCUUUCACACCUCCUCUAGAAAAUGACGACACUGCUGACUGGGUAGCAAGAAUUAAAAAUUUAAUGAAUGAAACUCCAACUUCAUAUUCAUUGCUAAUUAUGCAUAAAGACAUAAUCUAUGCAGUACGUGAUCCAUAUGGGAAUCGCCCUCUCUGCAUUGGUCGCCUUAUUCCAGUAGGGGACAUGAAUGGAAAAGGAAAAGAUAACAGUGAAACAGAAGGAUGGGUAGUCUCCUCUGAAUCCUGUAGCUUUUUAUCUAUUGGUGCUGAGUACUAUCGUGAGGUACUUCCUGGAGAGAUUGUGAAAAUAUCCAGGUAUGAUGUCCAAACAUUGGAUGUUGUACCAAGACCGGAAGGAGAUCCUUCAGCAUUCUGCAUCUUUGAAUAUGUUUAUUUUGCAAGACCAGACAGUAUCUUUGAAGGUCAAAUGGUGUAUUCAGUCAGGAGGAGAUGUGGCCAGCAACUUGCUAUUGAAGCACCUGUGGAGGCAGACCUGGUCAGCACUGUUCCAGAGUCUGCAACCCCAGCAGCUCUGGGUUAUGCUCAAAAGUGUGGACUGCCAUAUGUUGAAGUACUCUGUAAAAAUCGCUAUGUAGGAAGAACUUUUAUCCAGCCAAAUAUGAGGUUACGGCAACUUGGUGUUGCAAAGAAGUUUGGUGUUCUAUCUGACAAUUUUAAAGGCAAGCGAGUUGUUAUCAUUGAUGAUUCAAUUGUGAGGGGCAAUACUAUUUCUCCUAUAAUAAAACUACUAAGGGAAUCAGGAGCUAAAGAGGUGCACAUUCGUGUGGCUUCACCUCCCAUAAGAUUUCCGUGUUACAUGGGAAUAAACAUUCCAACAAAAGAAGAACUGAUUGCCAACAGACCUGAAUUUCAUGAUCUGGCAAACUAUAUAGGGGCCGACAGUGUUGUUUAUCUUUCUGUGGAAGGGCUCGUAUCAUCUGUGCAAGAAAGCAUCAAAGCAAGAAAAGAGAAUGAGAACAGUCUUAAAACCCAGAAAUCGCGUGUUGGAAAGAUUGGUCAUUGCACAGCAUGCCUCACUGGAGAGUAUCCUGUAGAGCUAGAAUGGUGA